AUGUCGAAUACUGAACGACGGGACUUGAAACUUGAGGAAGUGGCCUCGCUUUGUGAAACAGACGAGUACAAUUCACUCAAUAUCGUGGAGAUGGUUUUAGAGGAGGCGAGUUCUGUGAGCCUGAACACUUUUAACAACCCGAGUGCUCGUUCAAUAGCACUAGUGAAAGAAUCAGCGCAAAAUAGUACGACGAGAAAGAGGAAGGUCAGGAGGUCAGGAGGCCUGGAGGAAGGAGGAGGAGGAGGAGGAGGAAGGAUAGAGGAGUAG